AUGUCCUCCAAAGCACGCAAAGACCACGUCUUCCAGACGGAGAAUACCAAGAAAGGUAGUGGCGGCAAGAAGGGCGAGAAGACUACCGAUGUUGUGCACAAAACAGCCGAACUCAACGCCAUAAGUUGUCGCUUCCUUGAGUUGCCUGCCGAGAUCCGCAAUCGUAUAUACCACUUCGCCGAGGAAAAGGUAUACGAUGAUGACUGCAUGGCCCCAGCGCUUCUGAUCAAGGAUCACAAGAUCCCAACCAGAAGCGUUGGCGAGCUGAGCUGGCGAAGCACUUUGCGCUAUCGUGCGCUCACUCAAGUCUGCAAGCAGAUCCGAACCGAAUAUCGGCCUAUAUGGCUUCGUCGAUCUUGUUUCCACAUGGAAUUUCCAACGGUUCCGCAAUUCAUCAACACGUACUAUCCCAAGGCUACUGAUUAUCAGAACGCUCUAAAGCGUCUGCUAAUCUCCUGGGACCACGGAAAGAUUAUUGACGACUCUGAAGCAGACGACGAAGACAAAGAAAAAUUUUGCCAGGACGGUCUUACAAACAUUACACUCUUGGUCCGCCUCCGCGCGCAUUGCCCAACCUUCACAACCAAGUUCGUCUCCCGUCGCAUACUUGAGGAUGACCUGCCGAACUUUUCAUGCCAAGACUGCGGACACAGUAUUCAUUGCAGGUGCGACAAUGGCUGUUACCACGAGGACGCUUAUGAGGCGGCACGAUUGCGAAUGGAGGGCCUCUAUUUGUACCUUCAGGUACUAAACAACUUCCUCACCAACAGUACUGAGAACUGGCUGAAGAUGUUUCGUGACACCACUCACAUAGUCACUCUCGCGGAGUUCACUUUCGACAUCUUUGCCCAGCGUCCCACGAUCUACAUCCGUUUCUCUCGAGGCCGAGCACCCAAAGCUUUCCAGUUGAAGAACAUGUACAAAUCUGCACUAUCUUUCCUCUACCGUUCGGGCAUGAUGGAUCUCAAGGAGUACGACGCGCUUGACUAUGUGAUCGGCGAAGCAACUGACAAGUACACGCACCACGCUGGUCAAUGUGGUUUCCAAGUACACACGUACAACCAAAUAUAUUUAGAGGCAUCCACUAUCAUUGAAUGGAAGGCCAAAAAGGAAUCCGAGGCAUCUGUUUCCUAA